GGGAACUGCUCGACUCCCGGGUCCUACGCGGCAAGGCGGGGAUUGAGGGCGCCAAGACGCGCGGGGCGCGGAGAUGUGCAAGUGGAGAAGCUUGACCGCGCUCUGGCGGGAGCAGCCGCCCAACUUCCCGAGUGGGAUCUGCUAGGAGGCCACGGUGAGGGCAAAAAAUUUGUCCUGAGAUCUAUCAGAUGGCUACUUUACUUUUACUUUUAACAUGAAAAUUUUGAAUUUUCAAUGAAAAUUUUUUCUAAUUUAAAAUAAUUUGACCUUUUAUUCAGCUAUAUUAAGCAUUUAAAUAUAUAUACACAUACAUACGUGUGUGUGUGUGUGUGUGUGUGUGUGUGUGUGUGUGUGUGUGUGAAUUUUUCAGAUUUUAGGUGAUGGGCAGAUCAGAAAGUCAGAUGGAUAUAACUGAUACCAACACUCCAAAGCCAAAGAAGAAACAGCGAUGGACCCCACUAGAGAUCAGCCUCUCGGUCCUCGUCUUGCUCCUAACUAUCAUAGCUGUGACGAUGAUUGCUCUCUAUGCAACCUAUGAUGAUGGUAUUUGCAAGUCAUCAGAUUGCAUAAAAUCAGCUGCUCGACUGAUCCAGAACAUGGAUGCCAUGGUUGAGCCUUGUACAGACUUUUUCAAAUAUGCCUGUGGGGGCUGGUUGAAACGCAACGUCAUUCCUGAGACCAGUUCCCGUUACAGUAAUUUUGACAUUUUAAGAGAUGAGCUAGAAGUUGUUUUGAAAGAUGUUCUUCAGGAGUCCAAACCUGAAGAUAUUGUAGCAGUACAGAAAGCAAAAACAUUGUACAGGUCUUGUACAAAUGAAUCUGCUAUUGAUAGUAGAGGUGGACAACCUCUACUCAAACUGUUACCAGAUAUAUAUGGAUGGCCAGUAGCGACAGAAAACUGGGAGCAAACAUAUGGUACUACUUGGACAGCUGAGAAAUCUAUUGCUCAAUUAAAUGCUAAAUAUGGAAAAAAAGUCCUUAUUAACUUCUUUGUUGGUACUGAUGAUAAAAAUUCUACUAAUCAUAUAAUUCAUUUUGACCAACCUCGAUUUGGCCUUCCUUCCAGAGACUACUAUGAAUGUACUGGGAUAUAUAAAGAGGCUUGCACAGCAUAUGUGGAUUUUAUGAUUUCUGUGGCCAAAUUGAUUCGUCAGGAAGAAAGAUUGUCUAUUGAUGAGAACCAGCUUUCUUUGGAAAUGAAUAAAGUUAUGGAAUUGGAAAAAGAAAUUGCCAAUGCUACAACUAUACCUGAAGACCGAAAUGACCCAAUGCUUCUUUAUAACAAAAUGACAUUGGCCCAGCUUCAAAAUAACUUUUCUCUAGAGAUCAAUGGGAAGCCAUUCAGCUGGUCAAAUUUCACAAAUGAAAUAAUGUCGACUGUGAAUAUUAAUGUUCAGAAUGAGGAAGAUGUGGUUGUUUAUGCUCCAGAGUAUUUAACCAAACUUAAGCCUAUUCUUACCAAAUAUUCUGCCAGAGAUCUUCAAAAUUUAAUGUCCUGGAGAUUCAUAAUGGAUCUUGUAAGCAGCCUCAGCCGAAACUACAAGGAGUCCAGAAAUGCUUUCCGCAAGGCCCUUUAUGGUACAACAUCAGAAACAGCAACUUGGAGACGUUGUGCAAACUAUGUCAAUGGGAACAUGGAGAAUGCCGUGGGGAGACUUUAUGUAGAAGCAGCCUUUGCUGGCGAGAGCAAACAUGUGGUUGAAGAUUUGAUUGCACAAAUCCGGGAGGUUUUCAUUCAGACUCUGGAUGACCUCACGUGGAUGGAUGCUGAAACAAAAAAGAAAGCUGAGGAAAAGGCUUUAGCAAUUAAGGAAAGGAUUGGCUAUCCUGAUGACAUUUCAAAUGAUAACAAACUGAACAAUGAGUAUCUCGAGUUGGACUACAAAGAAGAUGAAUACUUUGAGAAUAUAAUCCAAAAUUUGAAAUUUAGCCAAAGAAACCAACUAAAGAAACUCCGAGAGAAGGUGGACAAAGAUGAGUGGAUAAGUGGAGCAGCUGUAGUCAAUGCCUUUUAUUCUUCAGGCAGAAAUCAGAUAGUCUUCCCUGCUGGCAUUCUGCAGCCCCCUUUCUUUAGUGCCAAGCAGUCCAAUUCAUUGAACUAUGGGGGCAUCGGCAUGGUCAUAGGACAUGAAAUCACACAUGGCUUUGAUGAUAAUGGCCGCAAUUUUAACAAGGAUGGAGACCUUGUUGACUGGUGGACUCAACAGUCAGCAAAUAAUUUUAAAGACCAAUCCCAGUGUAUGGUGUACCAGUAUGGAAACUUCACCUGGGACCUAGCAGGUGGACAACAACUCAAUGGACUUAAUACCCUGGGAGAGAACAUAGCUGAUAAUGGAGGUAUUGGCCAAGCAUACAGAGCCUAUCAGAAUUAUGUUAGAAAGAAUGGUGAGGAAAAAUUACUUCCUGGACUUGACCUAAACCACAAACAACUGUUCUUCUUGAACUUUGCCCAGGUGUGGUGUGGGACCUAUAGGCCAGAGUAUGCAGUCAAUUCCAUUAAAACAGAUGUGCACAGUCCAGGCAACUUCAGGAUUAUCGGGACUUUGCAGAAUUCUGCUGAGUUUUCAGAAGCCUUUCACUGCCGCAAGAACUCAUACAUGAAUCCAGAAAAGAAAUGUCGGGUUUGGUGAUCUUCACAAGAAGCAAUAGUUCCAUAGAUGGCUUUCCAGCAGUAUGCAAGUGGAAAAUCUCCAGCUGUGCAAAAUUGGGCCCUAGAAGUCUCAUUGCAGUUACUUCAGGACAAUUAGCACAAAUGACAGCAAGUUAAUGUAGAGGGAAAUAGAUUAUUUUGGAUACCAUCUAAAAGAAGGAAGUGAAGGAUUCUAAGCUCUGUCAAAUCAAUCAUUUCACCAUGUAAAUAGUACUUCAUUUCAAAACAGUAUUACCAUUCAUUUCUGUUUCUCAUAAGGUCUGCAAGUUUAUUACUGUCCGUAGAGAACAGUGUUAAACACUUGAGGCCAGCAAAGGCUUAGCAGAGGGAGACAGGCAGUGCAUACAGUUGGACACAAAAGCACUGAAAUGGGAUGAAAGUGUAAAACACAUUCCCUAAGCAUUUGUUUCACCUUAAUUUGUAAUACUAAUUCUCCUUCCAAAUUCUCUCAAAGAACUCUUACGCAUACUGGAACUUUCAGACUUACACAAUUUAAAUUCAUUUGGCGUAUAUCCAUUCUUUAUUCAUUUGACUAUUGUUUUAACCUCUCUUAAGGCAAAAAAGAAUGCCUAAAACUAUUUUGAGUUAUACCUGCUAUAGUAAUUUUGAGAUUUUUGAAGCCACUGCAAUUUUCUAAGGAAUUUCUUGCUUGUUCUCUCUCUUACUCUAUGUAGCUAUUUUUCUAUCUAUCUCUCAAAACUGGGUCUUUUUAAAGGAUUUAUAAUAAUGUAUAAAUAAUUUUUAUAUAAUUAUUGACUACAUUUAUGACUGAGCAACUGUUAUUAUAGAAAAUUAUAUUGGCAUAGGACAAGAUGAACAGUUAUGAACAAAUUUGUAAAAUGAUGUACAGAUGAAAAUUUGAGACUUUUUCAACUUAUAAAUCAUAUUAAUGAAAAGCUUUAAGUACAAACUUUAGGGGUAAAAAUUGCCAUUGAACAGUUGUAUAGAGAUGUCCAAUAGUUGUGGUUUACAAGCAAUAUUUUCAAGAUUGAACCUAUCUCCAAGGGUGGUUAUGAAAGGGAAAAAUUAUAUCUAUGUAGCUUAAUGAGUCCUUACCUUUCAUCUGAUAGAAAUAUUUUGAUAAUAAAUUGAAGUUAUGAGCCCUUUA